AUGCUCCCUCGUCGGCGAAAUAUCGGAGGUGUGACAGAGCGAUCACCUUUGGAGAACGAUUUUGAUACCUACAAUAAAUUAGACAAAAAAGGGAGUCAACCGAAUAAUAGUUCUAGUAUAUUUAAUCCAUUCCCAAAGACACAAUUCAAAUUAGCGCCCUCUAAUAAUAUUGUGGAACCUGAUAUAACAUUCGACAUCCUCGAAGAAUUUGUGUUUGAACCAGUGAUGGCGUCUAGAGACAGAACUAAUGAAUUUAUCUCAGCUGUACGCAGUCUGCAAGGUAGAACUUUGGCCAGACCGAUCGUAAGAGAUGAAAGAAAAGCUCAGAUAUUGGAGACAUAUUCACAAUUUAUGGGCAUGGCAAAAGUUAUUAGUAAAAACAUAACAAGUACUUAUGCUAAACUUGAAAAGUUAGCCUUGUUGGCCAAAAAGAAGUCUCUAUUUGAUGAUCGACCAACAGAAAUCCAAGAAUUGACGUACAUAAUUAAAGGAGAUUUAAGUUCCUUGAAUCAGCAAAUUGCCAGGCUGGGUGAAAUGCCACGGGGGCGGCGAAGUAUGCAUAGCCACUCGUCAAGUGUAGUGCUUGCUUUGCAGUCACGUUUAGCUUCAAUGAGCAAUCAAUUCAAACAGGUCCUUGAAGUAAGAUCUGAAAAUUUGAAACAUCAAAACAACAGAAGGGAACAAUUUUCCAGAGUAGCUCCAUUGGUUAAAGAAGUGCCAUCUCUCUUGCAACAAGAUGACAUCAGUAUAGAUUUAGGAGAUGCACCUAACAUUCAAACACAACAACAACAGUUAGCAUUGAGAGAUGAUACAGAUACAUAUGUUCAGCAAAGAGCUGAAACUAUGCAUAAUAUUGAGAGUACCAUUGUUGAACUAGGAGGAAUAUUUCAGCAGCUAGCUCAUAUGGUGAAAGAACAGGAUGAAGCCAUUGGCAGAAUUGAUGCAAAUAUCCAAGAAGCAGAAAUGAAUGUUGAAGCUGGUCACAGAGAGAUCAUGAAGUAUUUUCAAAGUGUUACUGGCAAUAGAGCUUUAAUGUUCAAAGUUUUUGGUGUUCUAAUAUUUUUCUUUAUAUUCUUUGUAGUUGUAAUGGCUUGA